AAUGAGUGCGGACUGAAAGCUUCUGUCGCAUCUUUGGAGACGCGCAAGGACCAUCACCUUCACCAUGAGUUACAGCCCAGAAAGGAUGUCAUCUUACCGCCGUCACUUUGAGGGUGGCCUGACCUCGUCUUCCACGCUCCAGGUCCGGGUGUCCAGCCCUUCGCCCACCCGUGGGCCCGCGCGCCACCGCUCCGCCAGUUACAACCGGAGCGGCACUUUGGGGCGCAGGACGCUCUCCGGAUCCCGCAGAUCACGCAUGACCAGCAGUGUUAGUAUGGGAACGCUGUGUCUGGGCAUGGGUUGGGGGGUUGCAGGAGGUGCUGUGGAUCUGGACGCUGCCGCUGCUGAGAACCAGGCUUUCCUCAGCACACGCACAGGUGAGAGAAAGGAGAUGGUUGCCCUGAACGACCGCUUGGCUGUAUACAUCGAAAAGGUUCGUUCUCUGGAGCAGAGCAACAAGCUGCUGGAGGCAGAAAUUGAUGCCAUCAAGGGUCACUAUGUGAAGCCGUCCGGCCUGAGACUGCUCUAUGAGGAGCAGCUGAGGGAGCUGAGGAGGAUUGCAGACCAGAUGAAAGUCCAGCGGGACCUGGCGGUAGCAGCAAAGGAUGCCAUGGCAGGUCAGCUGGAAAUGCUGAAGGUCAAAUACGAGGAGGCUCUUGAGGCCAGAAAGAAGGCGGAGCUUGAGAUCGAGGCCUUCAGACCGGAUGUGGAUGCAGCCACGUCUGCCCGAAUUGCCUUGGAAAAACGACUGGAAAACCUAGAAGUGGAGCUCGAGUUCCUACAGAGGAUUCACAAAAAGGAAAUCGAGGAGUUGAUGGCUCAGAUUUAUGGAUCGGUGGCUAAGGUAGAUGUGGCCUUCUCUUUGCCCGAUCUGGCCACCGCUCUCAAACAGAUCCAGGCUCAAUAUGACAGCAUCGCCGCACAAAACCUGCAGGAGAUGGACGCCUGGUACAAAGCGAAGUUCCAAGAUCUAAACAAUGCAACAUCACGGCACAUGGAAACAGCAAGGAGCGUCAGAGAAGAAAUCACAGCUUAUAAGAAAGAGAUUCAAAAUAAACUGAGAGAACUGGAGGUUCUUAAAAACAGGAAUGAAGCACUGCUGCUCCAGAUCAAAGAAGCCCAGGAGAAAUACAAGAGAGAGGAGGAGGAGCUACAGAUCCGUAUAAAGACUUUGAAGGAGGAACUGAAGUCUAUUAAGGGGAAGAUUGCGCUUCUGCUGAGAGAAUAUCAGGAUCUGCUCAAUGUUAAGAUGUCGCUGGAGAUUGAAAUCACCACAUACAGGAAGCUGAUAGAGGGAGAAGACAGUCGCUUAUCCAGCAUGGUGAGCAGUCUGUCUCUCAUGAGCGCGAGCGCAGCAAUGGUCAGCAGCGUUUCCGGGGCAAGCAGUCAAGGGGUCAGUGGAGCGGUGAGCUCAUCCGCCUCAGAGAAGAUGCUCUCCAGCAGCUCAAUAGUCAACCACAACCAUCACGAGUCCGUGGAGGAGUUCAGCCAUGAACAGGCUGUGGAGAUGACGGAGAGGAAAACGGUCCUCAUUAGAACAGUUAAGACAGAUGAGGACAUGAUUCAAAGGGACACACAAGAGCGCACGAUCACCAUCUCUGGCGCCGCAGAUGAGAACGAUUGAAUUAGACCCUUGUAUUAGUCAUGAGACCUCGACCUAAA